AUCAAGAAGGUCCAGUUCGGCAUCCUCGGGCCGGAUGAGAUCGCACGCGCCCGCGCGGGCGUGACCAAGUACGAGACCUACAUCGACGGCCAGGCCGUCUACGGCGGCAUCAACGACCCGCGCAUGGGCAACCUCGACGACAAGGACGACCCGGGCCACUUCGGCCACAUCGAGCUCGCGCGGCCCUGCUACCACCUGGGCUACAUCAAGGAGGUGCUCAUGUGCCUGCGCUGCGUGUGCUUCCACUGCAGCCGCCUGAUGGCGGACCCGAGCGACUACAAGGUCCAGGGCGCGCAAAAGUACAAGGCGCAGAAGCGCCUCGAGGCCAUGCACGGCCUCUGCCGGUCCAAGAAGCGCUGCGAGUUCGCGACGGGCGCCGAGCUCCAGCAGGCCAUCAUGGACGGCGAGCAGGAGGGCGCCGUCUACGGCUGCGGCGCGCUCCAGCCGACGUUCCGCCGGCGGACCGCGCAGUCCAUCGAGGUCGAGUUCCAGCCCGACGAGGAGACGAUCCCGGGCACGGGCGACCGGAAGCAGAUCCUCAGCGCCCACCGGGCCUACGAGGUGCUGCGCAACAUCUCCGACAAGGACGCGAAGAUGCUCGGCCUCGACCCGAAAUUCGCGCGGCCCGAGUGGCUCCUCAUCACGGUGCUCCCCGUGGCGCCGCCCCACGUGCGGCCGUCCAUCCAGCUCAGCGACUCGAACGCGCGGUCCGAGGACGACCUCACGCACCAGCUCGUGAACAUCGUCAAGGCGAACAAGACGCUCGAGUCGCUCUGCCGCGCGGGCGAGGCGAACCACGUCGUCUCCCAGUUCGAGGAGCUGCUCCAGUACAAGGUCAACGCCCUCUUCGACAACGAGGCCAACGCCAAGGACGGCGUCCAGGAGCGGCAGCGCGGCGGCAAGCCCCUGAAGACGAUCCGCCAGCGGCUCAAGGGCAAGGAGGGCCGCAUCCGCGGCAACCUCAUGGGCAAGCGCGUCGACUUUAGCGCGCGCACGGUCAUCACGGCGGACCCGAACCUGAGCAUCGACCAGGUCGGCGUGCCGCGGUCCAUCGCGAAGACGCUCACGGUGCCGGAGCGCGUCGCGCCGUACAACGUGCACGCGCUCAUGGAGCUGGUGCGCAACGGGCCCGAGGUCUGGCCGGGCGCGCGCUACGUCGUCCACGCCGACGGGCGCCGCGUGGAUUUACGGUUCGUGAAGCACCUCAACGACCUCGCGCUCCACACGGGCUUCGUCGUCGAGCGCCACCUCCGCGACGACGACCUCAUCGUCUUCAACCGCCAGCCGUCGCUCCACAAGAUGUCCAUCAUGGCCCACCGCGUCAAGGUCCUGGACCACUCCACGUUCCGGCUGAACCUGUCGGUGACGUCGCCGUACAACGCGGACUUCGACGGCGAUGAGAUGAAUUUGCACGUGCCCCAGAACGUCGCCGCCAAGGCCGAGCUCCAGCAGCUCAUGAUGGUGCCGCGCAACGUCGUGAGCCCCCAGUCGAACAAGCCCGUCAUGGGCAUCGUCCAGGACUCGCUCCUCGCGUCCGCGCGCAUGACGUCGAAGGAGACGUUCAUCGACCAGGACCUGCUCUUCAACAUCGUCAUGUGGGUCGGCGACGACUGGGACGGCGUCGUGCCCCAGCCGGCCAUCCUGAAACCGAAGCCGUUGUGGACGGGCAAGCAGAUCUUCUCGCUGAUCCUGCCGAAGCUCAACUUCGCGGGCAAGGGCGCGCGGUUCCCCAAGAAGGGCGGCAACACGCUCAACUGGUCCGACGGCGAGGUGCUCAUCCAGUCCGGGCGCCUCGUGACGGGCGUCAUGGACAAGAAGUCGCUGGGCACGUCCGGCGGCUCGCUGAUCCACGUCAUCUGGCUCGAGAUGGGCCACGUCGCCGCGAUGCACUUCCUGAACCGCGUCCAGACGACGACGAACCAGUGGCUCGUCAACGUGAGCUUCUCCAUCGGCAUCGGCGACGCCGUCGCGGACCAGUCGACGAUGCGGACCAUCGAGAAGAUCAUCGACGAGGCGAAGCUCAAGGUCAAGGAGCUCGUCCAGAAGGGCCAGCGCGGCGCCCUCGAGUGCCAGCCCGGCCGCACCAUGAUCGAGUCCUUCGAGGCCAUGGUCAACCGCGUGCUCAACGCCGCGCGGACGUCCGCGGGGCUCUCGGUCCAGGAGUCGAUCUCCGAGGCGAACAACGUCAAGUCCAUGGCCAUGGCCGGCUCCAAGGGCAACGACAUCAACAUCAGCCAGAUCAUCGCCUGCGUCGGCCAGCAGAACGUCGAGGGCAAGCGCAUCCCCUACGGCUUCCGGCGGCGCACGCUGCCGCACUUUGCGAAGGACGAUCUGGGGCCCGAGAGCCGCGGCUUCGUCGAGAACUCGUACCUGCGGGGCCUGAGCCCCCAGGAGUUCUACUUCCACGCCAUGGGCGGCCGCGAGGGUUUGAUCGACACGGCCUGCAAGACGGCGCAGACGGGCUACCUCCAGCGGCGCCUCGUCAAGUCGAUGGAGUCGAUCAUGGUCAAGUACGACGGCACGGUGCGCAACAACCAGGGCAACGUCGUCCAGUUCCUCUACGGCGAGGACGGCGGCGACGGCGUCUGGGUCGAGAAGCAGAAAUUCGCGAGCCUGCUCCUCAACAACGACGAGCUCCGGGAGCACUACGGCGUGAACCUCGACUGGGACGACGACGGCGACUCGGUCACGGGCGGCGUCGCGCUGGCGCUCGACGUCGCCGACGCCUGCCGCCAGGACGUGGCCCUCGCCGCGUUGCUCGAGAACGAGCUCGAGCAGCUCCAGCGCGACCGCGACGCGCUGCGGGCCAUCUUCGCGUGCCGCGAGCCCGACAAGGACGCGGACCCGUUCGCGAACCUGCCGGUGAACCUCGCGCGCCUCGUCUGGGCCGCCCAGCGCCAGUUCGAGUGCGGCCCGCGCCUCGAGCGGGCCCAGCUCGACCCGCGCACGGACGACGACGCCGACGGCGUCGCCGCCGUCGACGCCCUCGUGAACGCGGGCCGGACCGAGACCGACGCCGAGGACCCGACGGCCCUCUUCGCGAUCCUCAUCCGGUGCACGCUCGCCGCGCGCAAGUGCUGCUUCGAGUACCGGCUGAACCGCGCCGCCUUCGACUGGCUCAUGGGCGAGAUCGAGAGCCGCUUCGUCCAGGCGCGGGCCCACGCGGGCGAGAUGUGCGGCGUGCUCGCCGCCCAGUCCAUGGGCGAGCCCGCGACGCAGAUGACGCUCAACACGUUCCACUUCGCGGGCGUCAGUGCCAAGAACGUCACGCUCGGCGUGCCGCGGCUCAACGAGAUCCUCAACGUGGCCAAGACCGUGCGCACGCCGUCGCUGACCAUCUACCUCGCGCCGGAGAUCAAGGACGACGAGGAGAAGGCGCGCGAGGUCCAGGCCAAGCUCGAGCACACGACCUUGGGCGACGUGACGACCUUAACGCAGAUCGUCUACGACCCGGACGCCACUUCCACGGUCGUCGAGGACGACAGGGAGUUCGUCGCGGCCUACUGCGACGUGCCCGACGAGGACUUCGACCCCAAGGCCAUGUCGCCCUGGGUCCUGCGCAUGGAGCUGAACCGCGAGGUCGUCGCGGACAAGAAGCUCCGCAUGGCCGACGUCGCGGCGACGAUCGCCGACGAGUACGGCGCGGACCUCCACUGCAUCUACGCCGACGACAACGCGGACAAGCUCGUGCUCCGCGUGCGCAUCCGGUCGGGGGGCGCGCGCGCGGGCGGCGACGACGCCGCGCCGGCGCUCGGCGACGCCGAGGUCGACGACGACGAGUGGACCUUCCUCCGGCGCAUCGAGGGCAACAUGCUCAGCGAUCUGCGGCUGCGCGGCGUGCCCCGCGUGACCAAGGUCUACAUCAAGAAGACGAAGAUGACGCGCUGGGACCCGGACACGGGCGCGCUCGGCGGCGACGAGGAGUGGGUGCUCGAGACGGACGGCACGAAUCUGGCGGCCAUCCUGGGCGACAGGGACGUGGACCACACGCGGACGUGCUCCAACGACAUCGUGGAGAUCUGCGACGUCAUGGGCAUCGAGGGCACGCGGCAGGCCCUGCUCCAGAUGCUCCGCGAGGUCAUCUCCUUCGACGGCGCCUACGUCAACUACCGCCACCUCGCCGUGCUCUGCGACACCAUGUGCUUCCGCGGGUCGCUCAUGGCCAUCAGCCGCCACGGCAUCAACCGCGGCGACUCCGGCCCGCUCCUCUCCGCGUCCUUCGAGGAGACGGUCGAGAUCCUCUUCAAGAGCGCCGUCUACGCGCGGUCCGACGACGUCGACGGAGUCACGCCGAACAUCAUGCUCGGCCAGCUCGCGCACGUCGGCUCCGGCGUCUGCGAUCUGCUCUUGGACACGCCGCAGCUCCAGCACGCCGUCGAGCUCGAGGCGCCGGACGCGCCCGCGGGCGCCGCGGCGGACCCGGCGACGCGCGGCGCCUUCGCCGACGCCGGGGGCUUCGGCGCGCCGUCGCCGGCGCACACGCCCUACGCCGCGAGCCCGUCCGGCAUGUACGGCGCGUCGCCCGCGCGCGGCGGCGCGACGCCGGGCUGGGGCGACGCGUCCUUCUCGCCGUCCAUCGGCGGCGUCCAGUCCGUCCUCUCGCCCGUCUACGGCGUCUCCCCGGUCCUCUCCCCGGCCUACGCGCCCACGUCGCCGGCCUACUCGCCGACGAGCCCCGCGUACUCGCCGACGAGCCCGGCCUACUCGCCGACGUCGCCGGCCUACUCGCCGACGUCGCCCGCCUACUCGCCGACGUCGCCGGCCUACUCGCCGACGAGCCCGGCCUACUCGCCGACGUCGCCGGCCUACUCGCCCACGAGCCCCGCGUAUUCGCCCACGAGCCCGGCCUACUCGCCCACGAGCCCGGCCUACUCGCCGACGUCGCCCGCGUACUCGCCGACGUCGCCGGCCUACUCGCCGACGUCGCCGGCCUACUCGCCCACGAGCCCGGCCUACUCGCCGACGUCGCCGGCCUACUCGCCCACGUCGCCGGCCUACUCGCCCACGAGCCCGGCCUACUCGCCGACGAGCCCGGCGUACUCGCCGUCGAGCCCCGCGUACAGCCCGAGCUCGCCGGCCUACUCGCCGGGCAGCCCGGCCUACUCGCCGACGGCCUACGACGGCCCGAACCACGGCGAGACGAGCCCGAGCAGCUACAACCCGAGCUCGCCGUCGCUCGCCGGCACGACGCCCGCGGGCGGCGGCGAGUACUCGCCAAAGGCCAGCAGCGAGGCCGGCACGGCGUACUCGCCCUCGGGGCAGUACUCGCCCGACAGCGGCGGCGGCCAGUAUUCUCCGACCGCCGAGGCGCCGCCCGACGACGAAGAAAAGAAGCCCUAGCCGCCCUCGGAAGCACGCGAGGCCCGGCCCGGCCGCCCCAAACACGAACACCGCUAAUCCGCCGCUUGCCAGC